AUGGGCGUCUGUGCUUCUUGCCUUGGGCUAAAUCGCCGGGAAAGCCAUGAUGCCGAGUCCUCGCGUCUGCUGGACGACGAUAUCUACCAAUCCGGCUACGGCUAUGGAGCUCUCAAUCACGCGAAUCAGAUCAACAACCCCGACCCAGAGAACAUAAAGCGCGAACGAGAAGCCCUCGAAGCAAUCUGCCAGCGAACCUCAGAGUCUGUCAUCGACAUCUGGUCCCUCCAACCGCAACCCCAUCUUCAACCGCGCGCGACACUACACGGCUCUGUGACCUCAAAAGCAAGCUCGAGCAGCGACGUCCCCGUCAAAAUAAUCACGGCCGACCUGUCGAAGUCAUCAACAUCGUCCAAGUCUGGCGCCGCAACCGACAAGCACUGGGGAGAGGUGGUCAUCAACCCGAGGAAAGGAAAGAAGGCCCGGCCAGGUCUGAACACAGAUGAGACAAAUGGCCGAGAUGUCUUUGGUGUUCUGAAGGUGACGUGA